AUCAUAUGAAGAAGCAGCAGGGUCAAAACAUGGAGAAAAAGCCAGAGAAUGAUCAAGAGCAAAAGAACGUAAAGAGCUUAGAGGGCCUCCCAGUUGAGGAUAGCCCUUAUCUGCAAUACAAGGAUUUGGAGGAUUACAAGCAGAAGGGCUAUGGAACUCAAGGCCAUCUCCCACCCAAGCCUGGCCGAGGCGCCGGUGCCACCGAUGCACCCACUCUCUCUGGUGGCUCGGUCCCCCGUGAGUCUGAUGUUAGUACUAUCGAUGCUAUAACCAAUCGUCGCAAUCAAGGGACUCGCUAAAAUUAUAUGAAUCACUUAUAUAUUGAUAUAUAUAUGAUGAGGAAGAUUGAGAUUCUCAAUUAGUUAAUAAUUUUGUAUUUUCCUUUUUCAUUAAA